CCCAUGCCCGUGCACUUGGCCGUGCUCUUUCGCUUUCCCUUGUCGUUGGGCGGGCGGAUUUCUCUCGUACGGCUCGUACCAGUUGAAGGGGUUGAUCAAUUCCCAAACCUCUGCCUCUUGCACACGAUAUCAAUUUUUUCCCUUUUUUCUUUUCCUGUCGCUCCUUCUCAGCGAUAUCGCUGUCCUCUUCAAAAGCACAAACCGGAGCUGCGGGGUACCUGGCUCCGAAUCCGGCACCGUCGACCGGCCCUGACAAACUGUCUUUCCCAGACUUUUGUGUGUUUUCCUUUGCGUUUUUUGUAUGCGUCACCAACCCGCAGAGCUCUCCAGCAUCGACCCUCCCGACUUGUGAGCGAAUGAGCGCCACGACUCUCUCCUUUUUUCCAGUGUUUCCUCGCUUGGUUGGCUGCCUGAGGCUGGAGGACGGAUGGGCGACCAAGAACUGAUAACGCCCCAGUCUAUGGGUCGCCCUUCCGACGAGGCUCUGAGAGAUGAACCCUCAACCACGGCCACCGUGGCCACCACAAAUCAUCGUGACGAAAAUGUGUCGGGAUCGCGGCCCGAGUCUCCUUCAGCUGAGACACCACCUAGUGACUCGGGGACAAAGCCAACCGCCCCUAUGCAGAAGCGACGACGGGUAACCCGUGCUUGUGAUGAGUGUCGUCGCAAAAAGAUCAAGUGUGAUGGCAAACAGCCUUGCACCCAUUGCACCGUCUACAGCUAUGAAUGUACAUACGAUCAACCUUCCAAUCGAAGACGAAAUCCCGCCCCGCAGUAUAUCGAGGCUUUGGAGCAGAGGCUGCAGAAGGCCGAGUCAAUCCUGCGCUCUGUGUUACCGGGGCUCGACCUUGACGAUCCCAAAUUUGACGCGCGAAGCGUGGAACAGCUGAUCGAGGCAGGUCGUGCAAACACCACCGCCAGCUCCACCGCCAACGUCGGCGCAAAUGUCAACGUCAACGGCAACGGCAAUGGCAAUGGCAACGGAAAUGCAAAUGCGAGACCGCCAGCCGACCCUCCAAAACCCGAAGACGAUGCUCAACUCCAGUCGAUGGUUGACCGAACGGGCUCGUUGGAUCUCGAUGAUCACGGCAAUUGGGAUUUUCAUGGCCAUUCCUCUGGUUACGUCUUCAUGAGAAAAUUCCGCGCGCAAUUUGGCGACCAGUUCCUGGCAGAGUACCGUCAUCCCAGCAAAAACCGCACCAUCGCCCAGAUCCUUGAGUCACCGAAAUCAGCAAACUCAUCUCCGAUCGACUUCAGCCUCCCCCAUCAUAUUGAUCUGCCUCCUCGAGAGGUCGCCAUUGAGUUGUGUCGCAACACUCUGGACGACUGCUGCGCCCUUAUGCGUCCUAUACACCGACCGACAUUCUUCAAGCGACUCCACGCAGUAUACGACACCGAUCCCGAGCAAUAUAACAAUCGUCAUGUUCAAUUCCUCCCUCAACUUUACGUGGUCAUGGCUGUCGGCUGCCUAUUCUCCAAGACAGAGAAUGAGAACACAAUGCUGGAUCUGAAAGGCUACAAGGAGGCAAUCGAACAAGGAUAUCAAUACUUUAGUACCGCCAAGCAAUUGCUCGACAUUACAGAUUGCAGGGAUUUGGUGACUAUCCAAGCCAUCGUCUUCAUGAUCCUCUUCCUGCAGUCUUCCGCCAAAUUACCCACUUGCUACGCAUAUCUUGGUAUUGCCCUGAGGGCGUGUUGUCGGCUCGGCCUGCACCGCAAUUUGCCCAUCAAUUUCAACCCCAUCGAGUCGGAGGAGCGGAAGCGAAUAUUCUGGCUGGUGCGGAAACUAGACUGUUACGUGGGUGCUGUGCUCGGACUGCCCCAGAUGUUGAGCGACGACGACAUCGACCAAGAGUUCCCUGCCGAGGUCGACGACGACUACGUUACCGAGCAGGGCAUCUUACCCAUGCCACCUGGCACGUUUCCUCUGUUGAAAGCGACGAACGCCCACACGAGGCUGACGAUGCUUUUGCGAAAGGUUGUUCGGUAUAUCUACCCUCUGAAAACUCCAGGGAACUCCACGGCCGAGCCCGUCUACAGCAUCAGCCACAAAAAGAUCCGUGAGCUUGAAAGAGAUCUGCAGAACUGGAUGGAUCAAUUGCCGAGCGAGUUGCGGCCUUCGGACAAUGCUGGACGAGAGCUCUCGAGGGUCCAACAACAUCUGCGAAUAAGCUACGCUCACGUUCAAAUGAUGGUCUAUCGACCAUUUAUCCAUUAUGUAUCUCAAGCAUGCCAGGCGCGGAACGUGGAUAAGAGGAGCUUUGCUUGCGCCGCGGCAUGUAUCAGCGUUGCAAGGAACAUUGUUCACAUAACCAGCGAAAUGAAGAAGCGAGGCUUAUUGGUAGGAUCCUACUGGUUCGUCAUGUACACGACCUACUUUGCCAUCCUAUCACUUGUAUUUUUCGUCAUCGAGAAUCCAAACAACCCCACAAGCACUGAGAUCCUCAAAGACGCAAAGGAAGGACGGGACACACUAGCAAGCCUGGCAAAGCGAAGCGCGGCUGCUGAUAGGUGUACUGUCAGCCUGACGGGCCUUUUCGAUGUCCUCCCAGAGAAGUUGAAAGAGCGGCGGAGUUCCCUCAACUUCGCUCCAGCGAGCAGUCGCAAGCGCCCUCCACCAGGUCCUGAAGCAGGACCGCCGCAGGAGAGGCAAACUGCGCCGGAUCUCAGCACCCAGGUGGGCUCUCGGGAACACUCAGCAACGCCCAGCAGAGCAAGAACGUUGCCUUCCGAUUAUCUGGCCAAGCUCGCGAAAAGAAACUCUCUGCCCGAUCCUGUCAUGUCGAGUUUCUCGGAGCAAAUGCAGAGUGCUCAGCUGAUGGGAUUCCACAGCCCGUCGGCGUCCUCGCCCAUGUCGCCGAACUAUCAGUAUACGCCGCACCUGGGCAAUGCCCAAAUCCCCGAUUUAAAGAAUGUCAUGUUCCCCAGCGACAACCCCUUUGCUUAUCCUAAUCAACCGAUGAGCGCCCUCGAAUCGGUCGAUGGGCACUACGCGUUCUCCGAGUCGAGCAUGACGCCCAACGAGGCGAAUAUCUUUGGCACCCCGAGCAGCAGCAGCCAUCAGAUGCCCAUACCCACCCCUCAUUUUGGUAGUUACGAUUACCCUUUCCAGCAGACCUUGGGGGGCAACCCCAGCUUAGCACCGCAAUUCGGCAGCCAGGCCGGGCGCGACUUCAACGCGCCGUUCACAGACAUUCUUAUGCACAACGCCCUUGGGACCGACAUGAACCAUCUCGGCGGCGUCCCGAACACGACAGAAUCGAUGACCAUGGGAGGCGACGCCGGCGCCUCGACGAAUCCAGACGAUUACUGGAAACACAUCAACGGAGGGCAGAUCGGCCUCGGAGCUGGGCUGCCACAGGGGGUGCAGGCGAGCGUGGAUUACUUUGGCACAGAGAGUUGGAACUCAGCUUGGGCCGAGCAGCAUUACGGCAACAGCAACACCCAGCAGUGACGAUCGGCAUAUAUCUGGCGCAUGGGAGUCUUUCUAUUUGACAUGACAUCAGGCAUGGUGACGAGAGCUUUUUUUGUUUUGGCAAAAUGCGCAGAUUUUAUUAUGAUGAUACCACAGAUUGAUCGGGG